AUCAGAUACAACGCAAACACCGUGCACCAGCUUUUCUCUCAUCCAUUAAUACGGCAAAACACGUCUCAGUGUGUUCUCUAAUUUUAUUUUUUUCGUUUGAUAAUAUUGACGAUGAUCGAAUAUGGGGCGAUAGAAGAUGAACAAGUCGAUUGGGACCAUGUAAAUUUCGAUAGCUUUGAUGAGACCGCCGCCGAUGAAUUAUACCCUAAUUCUUCUCCCGAUGCGAGGACUCUGCCGAUCGAGCAGCUUCAAUUGAACUAUAUGGCUGAUCAAGAGGAAUUGUUUGACGCCGAUGAGUUUUUGUUGGAUGUGCUUUUGGAUUCUCCUGCAGAGUCUGGUUCGGAUCAGGCUGGUGAGGUGAGUAUUGUUCCAAAAGCCAAGAAUUUGGUGGAGAAGGGCCAUGAGAAUCAGGCGGAUGUCCUGCCGGCGGAGAAUAACUUUGUCGAUGUUGUAGAUGAUGACGAUGAUGAUCCCAUAGCCAAAAAACGUAAGAGGCAAAUGAGGAAUAGGGAUGCUGCAGUCAAAUCACGAGAGAGGAAGAAAAUGUAUGUGAGAGAUCUCAAGAUGAAGAUUAAGUGCUAUGAAGCAGAAUGCAAGAGGCUCGGGAUGUUACUUCAGUGCUGUAUUUCUGAGAAUCAAGCUUUAUGCCUUUCCCUGCACAACAAGGCCUUUGAUGCUUCCGUGACCGGGCAGGAGUCUGCUGUGCUCUUGUUGGAAUCCCUGCUGUUGGGUUCCCUGCUUCGGUUCCUAGGCAUCAUAUGCCUGCUGAUUCUACCGGGCCAUCUCAAAUCAACUCUAGAAGCAGAUCUAGUGGGAACCGUAGACAGCGAAGAGCAGGGAAAGGUCUAUCCAAGAAAGAGGGGAACUGAGGUUUUCAGGGUUCCCGGAUUGAAGUCUUACAUGAUUGGCAAAAGUUACAAAGCUUCAAGAUCAAGGAUCAAAGUGUGAUCGACAGCUCUAGUAGCCGUUGUGUGACUUUGAAAUGUCUCUUUGUCAAUAGUAGUUGGUUGGUUCCACUCAUGCAAUGCCCUUUCUCCCUCCUCGAAACCCACCUCUUCCCGAUAUAAAAAGAACUAGUCAAAAUAAUAAAUAUAAGUUGCAGAGAGAGAAGCACCGUGUUUCAGAGUUCUACUAUUUGACAAAUUCCUUAUUAUCUUUAGAGCUAAUUACUACUGUCUCGUAUCGACUGAGCACUAUAUAUGGUGUUCUUAAGUAAUGUAAUAUACCCCUGGUUUGCUUGAUGGUGGUUUUUAAUGUCGAAUUAUGUCUUAUUUCUUAAA